AUGGCGGGCUUGACGAAAUGGAUUAAUUUGGAGGAGGGGACUAUAAUGAGGAGUGAGAGGUUACUCAGGAAUUCAUUCGAUUUAACGGCAGUUUGUGCAAAUUAUGAAAAAUACGUUGAGCAUGCAUCGGCAAAUCGCAGUUCAGAUGAAGAAUUCAGAAUAAUAUUGCCACCUCCAAAUGUGACUGGUAUUUUACAUUUGGGUCACGCUUUAACAGUUACCAUUCAAGAUGCUUUAUGUAGAUAUCACAGGAUUUAUGGCAGAAAAGCGGUAUGGAUCCCUGGUUUUGAUCAUGCUGGUAUUGCGACACAAGUUGUUGUUGAAAAACAGCUGUGGAAAGAAAGAAAAUUGCGCCGACAUCAAAUUUCUAAAGAAGAAUUUCUCAGUUUAUGUGAUAAGUGGAAAAACGAUCACAUAUCGGCUAUGAAAAUUCAGCUUAAAAUGCUUGGAGCCACAUUGGAUUGGUCGCGACAGUAUUUCACAAUGGAUGAAAAAUUUGGUAAAGCUGUAAAUCAUGCAUUUUGUCAGCUUUAUAAUGAUGGUCUCAUUUUUCGUGAUCGACGCAUUGUAAAUUGGUGUCCUACCCUAAAAAGCACAAUAUCUGAUCAGGAGGUGGAUACCAUAAAUUUAUCGAAUGUCCAAUCCAUCGAAAUUCCUUCAGUUACUUCGAAUCAAAGGCGUCUUCGUGUCGGUGUAAUGCAUCUUAUUCGUUAUCGUGUGGUUGGUUGUGUUGGUAAUAAAAAUUGGAUAGAAGUUGCUACAGCUCGUCCUGAAACAGUUUUUGCCGAUGUUGCUCUCGCUGUGCAUCCGAAUGAUGAGAGACAUUCAUACUUGAUAGGGAAGUAUGUUUAUCAUCCUCUGUUCCCGGACAGAAUCCUUCCGAUUAUAGGCGACGAAGCUGUUUUACCUAAUAAAGGCACAGGAUUGUUAAAAAUCACUCCUGCGCAUUCCUUCACUGAUUUUGAAAUAGCGAAAAGAAACAGCGAUGUAAUUGAUAAAGAAUCAUUCAAUUAUUGUUGUAUCAACGAUAAUGGCACUUUAAAAAAUGCUGCGGAAUUCGAUGGCAUUAAUCGCUUUGAUGCUCGGGAUAUGGUGCUUAAUCGAUUGGCUGAACUAGGGUUAUAUGGUGGCGAAAUUCAUCUAUCUGGUUUCAAUAUUAAACUAUGUAGUCGAACAGGAGAUGUUAUUGAACCUAUGAUCAAAGAACAAUGGUUCAUGCAUUGUGACCAGAUAAACGACGACAUCUUACGAGCAUUAUCAGAACAAAAAGUAAAUAUUUCUCCGAUUUUUUUUCAAUCUCAUUUGGAAGAAUGGUUAAAUAGGAGAGAGCCUUGGUGUCUAAGUCGUCAAUUGGAUUGGGGUCACCGUAUCCCUGCCUAUCGAAUUGAUAAGGAAAGUGAUUGGAUUGUGGCGCCCACUAAGGAGGAGGCUGCCUUAAAAUUGGUUAAGAAACAGUUUUCCAAUGGAAAGGAGUUUUCGCUUAAGCAAGAAAAAGAUGUGUUGGAUACAUGGUUCGCCUCUUCACUAAUACCACUCGUCUCAUUUGGAUGGCCUGAAAAUUCCAUGUUCAAACCUCUUUCACUUUUGGAAACUGGGCACGAUAUUUUAGGCUUCUGGGUUGCUAGAAUUUUAGUUGGUCGUUUCCCUUUCGAAAAUAUUAUUCUUCAUGGACUUAUACGUGAUAGUAGUGGUAAAAAAAUGAGCAAGUCACGAGGAAAUGUGAUAGAUCCAAAUGAUGUGAUUAAUGGAAUAUCACUUGAUAAAAUGGUCGAACGACUAAAUCAUUCAGUAUUAUCUAAUUCUGAAAAAGAAUUCGCUGAGGCCGAACUGAGAUCACAGUUCCCAUAUGGCAUUGAAAAAUGUGGUCCAGAUGCGCUGCGAUUUGCUCUUCUUCGACAUAAUGUUACUGGUCUUGAAGUUAACGUCGAUAUUGUUGAAAAAUCUAAAGAAGGUCUCAGGUUUUGUAAUAAAUUGUGGAAUCUGUGCUUAUAUGCUGAAAAAGUUUGGUUUUUGGCUCCUCAAGUUACCAACACUAAAGGAUUAAGUCUGCUAACGGAUAAAUGGAUUAAAAGUCGUUUGGCUACCACAUUUAAUGCAGUUCGAUGUUCACUGUCGUCCGCUCCCCAUCUUGCAUUUUCAGCUGUUUAUACUUUCAUAUUAAGCGAUCUGUGCGAUGAAACAACAAAAAAGGCGUUGUGGACCAAAGAUGAGCAGCGGUUAUGUGAAAUUGGGCAGGUUCUACGCGAAGUGGUUGAGAAAUCACUAUUACUUCUCUCAUUGUUUAUGCCUUUCGUCAGCGAAUUUCUUUUUGAUCAUAUCAAGACACACCAAAAACUGUUGCAUGAAAGCUUCGUCUUUAAAGUAUCAACAAUUGGCUGUCUUGAGGGUAAUGAAGUUGAUGGCUGUGUCGAUAUGAAGCUUGAAUCAAAUAUGGCCGUUGCAUUGGCGGUUGUCAAGGCUAUUAGAUCUAUUCGUGAUGAAUUCGAAUUUUCAAAAAAUGAAAGAUUGAAGGUGGCUGUUUUCAUGGAUGAGUGCAGUAUCACUGAUUUGAACGAUGUUAUUGUGGAUUUGUGCAAUGCUUCUAUUGCAUAUCAGCGACCUUUUCGUACUGAUAUAUCAAAUGGCUUAUUGCCUGUAGCUGUUGUUGGUUAUAAAGCCACACUUGGAAUCAUCGUUAAGAAAAAUGCAGCUGAGAAAUUGAAGCAGAAGAGGAUUAAGAUUAUGAAUUUCGUAUAUAACACAGAAUGGUUAAUAUUAAUUGUGAUGUUGGUGCAUUUAAUUAUAGCACCAUUUACCAAAGUUGAAGAAAGUUUCAACAUUCAAGCAGUGCAUGAUAUUCUGUAUCACCGUUUUAACAUUUCGAAUUACGACCACCUGCAGUUCCCAGGCGUAGUGCCGAGAACUUUUGCUGGUGCAAUAGCUAUCAGUUCUGUUAUUUUGCCGUUCAUCAAGUUGUUUGAAUGGUAUGAAAUCUCGAAGUAUUGGGUUUUGCUUGCAGUUCGACUUGUCCUCGGCUGCAUCGUCUUGUUAAGUUUCUGUAAUUUCACACGUAGCGUCCAAAAGCAUUUCGGAUGUGAAACAGCUUGUUUUUUGAGGUUGAUCGUUGCUUCACAAUUUCAUUUCCUAUUUUAUUCUUCCAGGUCUUUACCGAAUACAUUUGCCUUAAUUGGAGUGCUUUUCGUCUACCAGCUUUGGUUAGAUAAUGAUCUGCUACGAGCGGUUCAGGUUGCAACGGUUUUCACUGUCGUUUUUCGAUGCGAACUUAUUCUCCUUUUUGGUACUGUUUUUAUUGUACCAGUUCUUCGCAUAACUGUGCCAAUAGAUUCAUUACUGUGGAGCCGUUUUUUGUGGCCUGAAGGUGAAGUUGCUUGGUUCAAUAUCAUCUUGAAUAAAAGUCAUGAAUAUGGAGUUUUACCUUUCUUCUGGUACUUUUAUUCUGUUCUUCCUCGCGCCCUUAUUACCUCACUUAUCUUUGUUCCAUUGGGAAUGAUAAUUGAACGACGUUUAUUCAAAUACGUUCUUCCAAUAAUUAGUUAUAUAAUACUUUAUUCUUUCCUUCCUCACAAAGAAUUACGAUUCAUUAUUUAUACAUUUCCUAUUCUGAAUCUUGCGGCAGCUAUUUUUUGUGCAAGAUUAUGGGUUAAUCGAAACAAAAAUUGGUUUCGUUAUUUGAUCUCCUUAGGAGUAAUUUUUCAUUUGGUCGCAAAUUCGCUGGUCACUGCAAUGUUCCUAUAUGCCAGUGCUUAUAAUUACCCUGGAGGAGAUGCGCUUGGCUAUUUACAGUUCAUGCAGCGAUUCGAUAGGAACAAACCAGUGACGGUAUACAUCGAUAAUUUCUCAGCACAAACUGGAGUCAAUCGAUUUCUUCAUCUAUACGAGAAAUGGGAAUAUAACAAAACAGAAAAUCUCACUAUUGACGAUUUAAAGCGGUUUGAUUUUCUGUUACUUGGAACCUAUUCUCAGAAAAGUAUCAUUGAAACUGUCAAAAGCAAUUUUUCUUCCUCUCAUCGUUUACUAUAUACUGUGAAAGCCUUUCAGUAA